AUGCCGAAGAUGACCUGUGACGGGGGAACGAUGUACUUCGGGCAUUUGAUUCUGAACGGGAUGGGUGAUGGGCAGCCCGAUCCGGUCGCGUAUGACAGCGACGCUGGUUUGGAAUUCGAGGAGGAUUACGGUGACGAGAGUGAGAGCGGCAGCUCUUUGCUUGCAAAUCCAGACCAGAACGACGAUUGGAGCGACUCGCGUUCGGUGUCCGAUGCUCCGAGCUCUGUGUCAGAUACCACGCCUCGAACAAUGCCUCCUUCCACUUACACAGACCCUCGUUCAUAA